GUAUUUUGACAGUUGGCAACCAUGCCUUUCAAACUGUUGUUUAUUGACUGUGUACUUCUUUUCCAAGAAUGUUUAUUGUGUAGAAAUCAAUUUUACUUUUAAUAAUCCUACUUUCUAUCGUGCAAAAUUAAUUAAUUUACAUCAAGCUUUUCAUGUAUUUAAUAGAAAUUGUCGUAUUUUUGACGUACAAAGAUGUGUAAACAAGAAAACUAACCUAAGAUGCUACUAAUAAACAAAAUCUUCCAACAUCUAAACAAAAACACUUUCAAAUUUGAAUAAUUUGGUAAAAAGUCAAUAUACGUGUCUCGUAGCGCGUAACGUAGGUGUUAUUUAAUGGUAUUAUGGAUGGAUCCAUAAAAGAAAUAGAAGUAGCAAGUAGCAGUUGUAAUAGUGAAGAAGGUGGUCGCGGCUGUCGCAACAAGAGAAAAUUAUCAGAACCGAUUUGUUGUCCUGUUUGUAGUGUAACUCUACGGAUUUCCGAAGUUCAAUCCCACUUUAUGUUAGAAGUAGACAAGCUAGGUAAAAUCCCAACAAACAAGCAUAAAUCAAAUGGACGCAGUGUCCCCAGUUCAUCAAACACAAGUGAUAACAAUGCUGACAAGACAUGGGAGACCUUCCAGAAAGUCCGACUCAACAGACAAAAUCGGCACCGGUCCAAAACAAAAAAACGCAAGGCUGAGGAAGUUCUGUGUCCUAUAUGUAACAAAGAAACCUCUGAAGAAAUAACCAUGCAUGUGGAAAAGUGUUUGCGCCGUACUGAACGGAACGAAAGUGAAAGUGACGAGAGUAUAGAUGUGGAAGCCUUUGAGGAGUAUGAAUGGGCUGGACAAUCGCGUGUCCGUAUAACCACCCUUCUUCCAGGGGGUGUGAUUAAUAAUUUAGGGACUUCUAUAAGUAUGACUGAAGAGGAUGAAGACUUAAACGUUGACGGCGAUGACGCACAGACGUACGGCUCGCCGCAAUACUCUGAACGCGAUGUUAUCCUUUUACCUGGUGAUCCUGAAAAUGUCGCGUUGCGGAAAGCAGUGACUGGGGAAGAUCCUAAGAGGAUGCAACCUGAAGAAAACAGCGAUUCUGUUAACACGCAACCCAAAGGGGACCCUCUGGUCGAGGUCUUGAAAAACAGGAUUAGGGAGUUGGAAAGCAAAGAAAAAAACAAAGAAGAGGUUUACAAAUGUCUGAUUUGUAUGGAAAGAUAUCGUACGCCGGUUAUUUCUGUGUGUUGUUGGCACGUGCAUUGUGAACAGUGCUGGUUACAGACACUCGGAGCGAAAAAACUAUGCCCUCAGUGUAACAUGAUUACUUCACCCACAGAUCUGAGAAAAAUUUAUAUGUAAACUUGGCUCAGAAUUUUAUUUAUACACGUGUGAUAUAUACUGAAAGAGUUUAUUAUAAUUUUACUAGGGAA